CCUCAGAAUGAUCCCCGCCACCCGUCACUCCCGCCCGGCGCUGUCCAAACUACCCCGUCCGGGGAAGUCUGUGUUUGAAGACAACGUUCACCCCACGAAGGAGGAAUGCAUCCAGACAAAGCGUUCACCUUCCUCCCCACAGGGAGGUGCGAAGAAGAGAUCUGCAUUUGGGGACAUCACCAAUGCGCAUAAAAACCAGCAGCUGCUCCAGAAGAAGAGAGACGGGCAGAAGGUCGUGAAGAAGACGACAAAGGCCGCCGGCACUGCGAAAAACAAUGAAGCCAACCUCAAAAGGGCCCCGAAAAAAGUUGUCACCAUCGAGUCGGCAUUGGAGGUGGUGAAGGAGAACCAUGUGACCUGCGAAGAGGUGAAGCCUCCGCUGAAGGAGGGUGACCCGGUUGAGCAGGUAUCCUCCAUAUUGCAGACGUUGUCGCCUCCCAGUGAGGUUGUGACUGUGAAUAAGGCUCCUCCCCCGACUGCGCAGACCUUCCCUACGGGUGUGGAGGAUAUCGAUAAAGAUUCGACAGAUGACCCGUUUGCCAGCGCGGAGUACGCCUUGGAUAUCUUCUCCUACAUGCGUUCCCGAGAGGAAAAGUUUCUGCUUCCGGAUUAUAUAGACAAUCAGAGUGAUAUCAGCAAGGAAAUGAGAGGGAUCCUGGUGGACUGGAUGGUGGAAGUGCAGGACAUCUCUGACAUGAGGAAGCAAAACCCUGCCUCUACCAAGAUGGCCGCCUCCAUACAGAGACAGAACAAGCCAUGGUUACAAUGGUCCUGAUUAGAUUUUUGUUUUUGUUGUUCGCAGGAACGUUGCCCGCCUUGCUUGGAUGACUUCCUCUACAUCUGCGACGACGCCUAUAAGAGGGAGGAGCUGAUUGGUAUGGAGAUGGAUAUUCUGCAAAAGCUGAACUUUGACAUAAAUAUCCCCGUUCCGUAUCGCUUCCUGCGCCGCUUUGCAAAGUGUGCCCAUGCCAACAUGGAGACUCUCACCCUUGCCCGCUACAUAUGCGAGCUGACCUUGCAAGAGUAUGACUUUGUGCAGGAGCGUGCUUCCAAGAUGGCAGCCGGCUGCUUGUAUCUCGCAAUGAAGAUGAAGGACCUGGGCGGAUGGACUGCCACGCUUCAGUAUUACAGCGCAUUCCAGGCUACAGAUUUGUUGCCCCUUGUGAAGAAGCUGAACGCCCUGCUCAAGAGGCAACCGCAUGAGAAGUUAAAGGCUGUUUGGAGUAAAUACACACACAGAGUAUUUUUCGAAGUUGCGAAACUACCCCCCCUGGACAUGAAGAGGUUAGAAGAAGAAGAAUCAAACAGUUAACACUCGUCUCCCC